AUGUUCAUGUUUGUUGAUAUUGUCAAGCAAGCUGUGUACAUAGUCCACGGCUUGCUCGGCUCUGGCGAUCAUCUAUGUAGUCGAAGGCUGCAAACCUACGCGAACCCGGGCGCUGGCUCGUGCGGGUUAUUACCCGGUUCUGCUGGGUACCGAUAA